AUGCCAGAUGAUAAGCGAAAAAUACGGUCAUUUUAGAAAGAAAAGUCCCUAAGAAAUGUGCGUCAGUAGUUUUAUUCGAUUUAGAGAAAUAACGAUUAUAAUCCUGAAAGUAGUGCAUUAGGAAGAAUAUUUGUUAUUCUUUGAAUUGAAAUAUCGAUCGGUGCUGUAAUCGGAACCGAUAGUGCUAUUGGAUUCGGUGCCAUUAUAAUUGGUGCGCAGAACGGAAAACCUACUUAAGGAGAAGGCUGAAAAGGAUGGCUAAAGACAGGGACAGUUGGAAAUUUCUUCACCGAUGAGAUUGAUAAAAUAAAUCUUCAUUGUUUUUUUUUGUAGAAAUAAUUCUAAAUUUUUGUUUGUUCUUCACAGUGCAAUCGAAGUAAAAUAACUUAAACAAAAUACUAAAUCAAACAUUUGAAACAGAGUGGUGAAAAAGUAACAACCAUUCUUAGUAAUUUGAUGAAAGCAAUGAGAUCGUGAGAAUUAGGAUUCUAGAAACAAAAUUGCGUUCUAGGAAGUAUCAAAAAGCUGAUACGAUAACAUCCUACUCGCAAAUAAACUGUGGCGACACAUAUAAACAGUGCUAUAAAUUCAUAAAUAAUUCAGUUGGUCCCCGAGACAGAAACAAUCACUAUGGAUUUAAAACAUGUAUUUCAGUUAUUUCUUUUAACGAUAACAAUUAGAUUUGCAAUUUGUUUUAUAGUGGAGCCAGUGGUGUUGAGAAAAAAUGAACUUUUGUGCAAGAAAUUGACGAAAACAAGGAGUUUUCAGGAUCACUUUAUCACGGGCCCGCCGUGGAGGACAUAUUACACUUGGGUCGUCAGACUUGACAAUACAUGUUUGGAUCUACUUUUUAGGACACCCUCAAAUUAUACAAUCAAAUAUUUCGAAAAAACUUACGGAGACCUCGUUCCCAACAUCCUGCCGUGGAAAGAAGCAACGCUGCUCGCAUAUGAUGAGGAAUUCAAACUGAUGAGUCAGAUGCUCAUGAUACCUAAGAAAGGGUCGCCGGGAAGAUUCAACGGUAUCUUCGACGUGCUUCAGGGGGACCCAAAUUCAACUGAAAGAGAACAGACAUUAAAAGAGGGGAUAGCGAUCUUCAAGUUUGCGUUCAAGUUGUUUCGCAAAGGAUUAUUCCUGCUUAGAUGGGACUGUAUAGGCGGAAUUGGCCACCUGAUGGCCAGGCCAGACACUGUCACAAAAGUCGAUGUAUUGUCCAUGGUCAAAGCUCUCAACUUCACACGUGGACAUUUGGCCUGUGCCAAUGGAAAAACUAAGAAGAAGACUGAAAAACCGAAACCAUUGACGUAAAACAAAUUUAUGCCAUUCGAAAUUACAUUUUUUAACUAGAAAUUUGAGUGCGUUUAUUCUCCAUCUAGCCUGAUGGGAAGUAGAGAUGACUAUAUUAUCCUGUAGAAAUUGUAUUAUGAUUUUUUUCAUGUAAACGUUAAAGUGCACGUGUCCACAUAGAAUGCGCAAAAGUGGAUGAAUUAUUGCUAUUGAUAUCAUUUAGACAAAAAUAUGUAUAAUUAUUAAGUACUUACUUAGUUU